AUGCCACCAAAGCAGAAAAAACCUAAUACAAGUACUGAAGAAGACGGAAAAGAGUCGUUUCAAGCUGUUAUUCUAACAGAUACAUUUGAGGAACAGUUCCUUCCUAUUUCCCAUGAAAUACCUAGAUGUCUUAUGCCAAUUUGUAAUAUUCCGGCUAUUGAAUACACUUUGGAAGUCUUGGCUGCUGCUGAUGUCUUUGAAGUCUUUAUUGUCUGUACUUCUCAUAUUGACGCGAUUAAAUCCUAUUUUGAUAAUUCAGACCGAACGAGAUCCAAACUUUCUAUUCAGAUUGUUGCAGCACCUGAAUGUCUUUCUGUAGGUGAUGCACUUCGUGAAUUAGAUGCUCGUCAACUGAUUACAACUGAUUUUGUCUUGACAACCAGCGAACUUGUAUCCAACAUGAAAUUAGACGAAGCACUUGAAGAGCAUAGAGCGCGUAGAAAGAAGGAUAAAAAUUCCAUCAUGACAAUGAUCUUGAAGGAGGCCACAAGAACUCACACAUCAAGGGCGAAGGAUGCCAGCAGUGUAUUCGUACUCGAUCCUCGAACAGAUCAAUGUGUCUACUAUGAACCCGUCGUAUCUCUUCCUCGCAAAAAGCGUAUCGAAAUGUCACAGGAAGUAUUCGAAAAUAGAACUCAAAUUGAACUUCGUAAUGAUCUAGUCGACCCGUACUUUGACAUCUGCUCUGUCGAAGUUCCUCCACUCUUUUCCGAAAAUUUUGAUUGGCAAAAGUUGCGUAGUGACUUUGUGCACGGUAUUCUUACUUCGGAUAUUUUGGGUAAGACGAUUUACACAAAGAUCGUUACUGAACCCUAUUUGGCUCGUGUUCAGAACGAAAAGUUAUAUAGCACCAUUAGUAAGCAUAUCCUGAACCGAUGGGCAUUCCCUAUCGUACCGGAGACCAAUCUGAAAGAAGGAGAUGACUACGAAUUCAGCAGAGGAAACAUUUAUAAAGCAAGAAAUGUCAAAUUAUCCAGAUCUUGUAUCAUUGAUGAUAACGUUCAAAUUGGCUCGGGUUCAAUAAUUGGUGAAAACAGCCGUAUUGCUAACUCAGUCAUUGGAAAGAAUUGUGUGAUUGGGGACAAUGUUGUGGUAGAGGGUGCUUUUCUCUGGGAUAAUGUGACCAUUGAAAGCAAUUGUCACGUUAGACAGAGCAUUAUUACUAAUAAUGCAGCCAUUCUGGAAAAUACAAGCAUUGAUCAAGGCUGUUUAAUAUCUCUUAAUGUUAAAGUGGGUCCUGACAUGAACAUUCAAAAAUACUCGAGACUCAGCCUAUUGCCUCAACCCAAGACAAGCAUGUUUGAAGAGAGCAGUGAAGAGGAAGAUGAAGAUGAAGAGCAUCAUCAUACACUCACAGGACCUAAUGGUGAAUCCAUCUAUUUCUGGACCCUUCGUGCAGAUGAUGAUGAAGACACUGACAUUCGUAAUGUCAAACUUGGCUCAUUAGCGUACAACAUGGCGGAUAUUGCUCUCAAAGAUGGUGAUCUUACCGAAAGUGCAAGUGAAGUAGGUGAAUCCGAAGAUAGCGAUUCAGACAUGGAUACUAUGGGUGGUGCUUGGGGAUUAGAACCCAAUGUGGCUAAAAAGACCGAAGAGUUCAAGAAAGAAAUUGCACAAACUAUUGAACGAUCUAUAAACGAAGGACACACGGUAGAUACAGCAGCCCUCGAAGUGACUGGGUUACGUAUGUCAAGUAACGGAUCAUACACAGAUGUUAGAGAGGUCAUUGUUCCUAUCAUCUUGGAUCAUAUUGACGCCAAUAGUCCUGUUCAAAGUUUAAAGACUGUGUUCAACAAAUGGUCAGCCCUGAUCGGAAAGAUGACACACUCCCCUGACGAUCAAUUGCAUGUCUUGCAAAUUCUUCAAAGAUAUUGUGCAACUAAAGAACACCUUAAUAAGAUCUUUUUGGGAGCAUUACAGCUGCUGUAUGAUAGUGAUGUAGUAGAAGAAGAUGCAAUCAGAGCCUGGUAUAAUUCGGAAUCGUCUAGAUUAAAUCCUUUAGAAUCCAAAUUAAGAGAUAGAGCAACCAAGUUUAUCGAAUGGUUGGAUGAAGCAGAAGAGGAAGACAGUGACGAUGAAUAG